GUUGGGUUUCAGUCUUCUCAGUGAGCGUGAGCGUGUGGGCGCGGAAGGUGAACUUAGGAACUUCAAACCAAGCCCUCCCUUCCAAGCAGCAAGCAGGCUUCCAUCUUUCUUUGUUUGUCGCGCCCAGACAUACACCCACGCAUCGCCACCAUGGCGAACAACAACAACGACAACAACAACGAGCAAUAUGCCUUUUACAUCUCAAUGAGUCGCGCAAAAGAAGAUGAGCAUGAUGCGCUGACGCUGAAGACCAAGGCGACGACGCUGAAGACCACACUAGAAAGUUCACCGCGCGUGUUGUCCGUGUUCCUGCCUACUCAAGCUCAAACAGAAGAAUCGGCGAGAGAAGCCCUGCAACAGUGCAGUACGGUCAUUGUGUUGGCGACAAGCAAGUAUGGAAAGGAGUCAACCAAUGGACAGGAGAAGCCAGCUACUGGAUGGACCUCGCGGGGCGAGCUGGAGUUCUUGAAGCAGAACAUGCACAAGCCACGUGUGCUCGUGAAGGUGCACGAUGAUCAGUGGCUUCCAGCCAAUGUUCGCGAGCUUGCUGGAGGAACAAAUGAGGUGCGGUGGAAAGUGACAACGGGAGAUGCUGACGCCGUGCGUGCCCACCUGUCCAAGGUCGUAAACUUCAUUCUCAAUCCCCAUGAAAAUCAGCAGCAGCCUGCCGAGGCGUAUGGAGUGCAACCAAUGCAGCUCCCCCAGCAACCACAACAGCCAGAGCAACCACAGCCACAUCAACACAAGCAGCUGAAGCAACAACAACCAAAGCAACCGCAGCCGCAGCCGCAGCCGCAGACACAGCAGCCGAAGCAGCAGCCGAAGCAACUACAACCAAAGCAACCGCAACCGCAGCCGCAGCCGCAGCCGCAGACACAACAGCACAAGCAGCCCAAAAAACAGCAACAGCAGCAACAGCCGCCACAGCCACAACCGAAGCAGCAGCCGAAGAAACAACCGAAGCAGCCGCAGCAGCAACCACAGCCGCCACCACACAAACAAUCACAGCAACCACAGAAGCCACAACCACAUCCGAAGCAGCCACCACACAAACAAUCACAGCAGCAACAGCCGCCACAGCCACAUCCGAAGCAGCCACCACACAAAAAAUCACAGCAACAACAGCCGCCACAGCAACAACAGCCGCCACAACCACAUCCGAAGCAACUGCAGCAACACGAGCAGCCACACAAACAAUCACAGCAACCACAGAAGCCACAGCCACAACCGACGCAGCAGCCGAAGAAACAACCAAAGCAGCCGCAGAAGCCGCAGCCACUACACCAACUGAAGCAGCCACCACACAAACAAUCACAGCAACCACAGAAGCCACAGCCACAACCGACGCAGCAGCCGAAGAAACAACCAAAGCAGCCGCAGAAGCCGCAGCCACACAAACAAUCACAGCAACCACAGAAGCCACAGCCACAACCGACGCAGCAGCCGAAGAAACAACCAAAGCAGCCUCAGCAGCCCCAGCAAAAGCCAAAGCAGCUACACCACAACAAGCAGUCGCAGCAACAACAAGGACACAUGAAGCCAACACCAUCUGCAAGCGUCCAACUUGCUUGUGUUGGUGCCUUCGUUGGCCUGCUGCUCCUUGUGGUCUCCUUGUGGUACUUGCUCGCGGCACCCGGUCACCUGGAGAACUUUGAUUGCCGAAACGCAACCAACGUUGCGUACUUUCUCGAGCGUGGGCUCACGGAGGCAGGCGACGUGCUGGACUGCAACUGUAUAACGUUCAGUCAGCUCAAACGCGUGCACGGGGACGUCACCAUUGUAGCUGGCGUGACAGCCGUCAACUUUGGCUCAAUCACUGCAGUCGGUGGCGCCAUCACUGGCUGGGACGCAAGGGCGCUGGAACAGGUUGACUUUGGCGACCUGCGCGUGGUGGGCGAGCACGUCCAACUCCGCACGGAUGCGCUCACGCAAUUUCGCCUCGAAAACAUCGAGAGGAUUGGCGGAACCCUGGAUCUGAGACGCAACCCCCUCGUCUCCAUCGACUUUGGCGCCCUUUCCACGGUGGGCGGGUCGCUUCGUCUGGGGCGAACAGCUUUGGACACCAUCGACCUGAGCAACGUCACGUACAUUGGCGGGUCACUGCACUUGGACCACAACCCGCGAUUAACGCGAGCGUACUUCGGGAAGCUGGCCAAGUUUCACCAUGACCAGGCCAUGGGCCGCAUCAUCUUACACCACUGCCCUGCCCUCACCCACAUCGACAUGGGAAACAUAUCGCUGAUUGGGCACGACCUGCUGCUUGCUGACACCGCCGUCACAUCGGUCCACCUCCAAAAGGUUCAGCGAGUCGGGGGCUCCAUCAACAUGGAGAACAACCCGCGUCUCAGGUACAUUGACUUUGGCAACUUGGCAUACAUCCACGAGCGGCUCGACAUCAGCAACACCAGCGUGCGCAAGUUCCGCUUCGACGACGUCAGCUUCGUUGGGGGGCACAUGCACUUUGCAAACAACCCGCACCUCGUCACCGUCCACUUUGGGAACCGCCUCACAUCUUACAAGGGCUGCCUGUGCAUUGAUAGCCCUGCCCUCAGGUGGGUGAACUUUGGCGCCAUCACCACCGUCAAAGGCGACAUUGACAUUGCUUCCUCGGAUCUUCUUCUGGAAGUCAACUUCCGUGGCGUCAGGAGCGUAGCAGGCCACGUCAUCCUCACGGGCGAGGUCUUUCGAGUUGACUUUGGUCACAUCACUCACAUCGGCGGCCACGCACGGCUGCGCAGCCCACGACUGAAUACAGUUGUUGGCUGGGACCUUGCCACGAUCAACGGAGACCUGCAGCUGGUGGCGGCUGCCAUUUCGCAACUGGAGCUGCCGCAGUUGUCCCACGUGGCGGGCGGGUUGUAUCUGGCACACAACGGCCUGACCAGAGUACAGUUCCCACAGUUGUCACGGGUAGGCGGUCACAUUCGCCUGGGGAACAACAGCUUAACGCAUGUUCACUUUGGUGGCUUGGCACACGUUAGCGGGCACCUUGAUCUCUCCAGCAACAAGAUGGUGCGGAUCAGCUUCGGCAACAUUGCACAUGUCGGUGGCACCCUCAACAUCUCCCACAACCCGUUGCAGGUCGUGAACACCGGCCACCUUCAGCACGUGAGCAGGGACGUUCUGGUGACCUCUGAAACGUUGGUUGCGCUGGAGCUGAGUCAGCUCACGCACGUGGGUGGUUCGCUCACGGUGGUGGCGGAGAACCUGGUCACCAUGAACUUUGGCGCGUUGACGAGCGUCAACCACAGCCUCAUCAUCGCCGUGCACAAGCUGCCCCAUCUCAGUUUUGGUACCAUCCGCACUGUUGGGCGAGACCUCUUCAUCGUUGGGCACAAGUGGGCGCGUGGCGGGUUUGCGUUGCACUUCCUGAGCAUGCUCUACUUUGACUUUGGCGGCGACCAUUUGUCCAGCGUGGACGUGGGCAGCAUCGAGCAUGUUGGUGGCGACAUUGUGGUGGGCGCCAACGGGCUCACCACCAUCGAUGCAGCCUCCAUCAAGCACGUGGCUGGCAGCGUUCGUGUCCUUUCAACUCCCUGGAUGAAUUACGUCAUGACCCGUGUUGGAUCCGCCUUUGGGCUCGGGCCCUAGCUAAGCUCUGCGGGAAUGGCGGGAAUCUUGUCUGGGAAUGGCCAA